GGUCAACCGACAAGUCUUCUCUUAUCUUAGCUGUUUGGCAUUAAUGUGAUUCUGAAAGGUGGAUGAAAAGCUGCACACAUAAUGUUUCUGAUAAUAAUUGAGAAGAGGAGAUAUAGCCAUUUUACACAUUGUUUUUGCUCAACCUAAACUCAGAUUCUAUCAAAUUCUUUCUCAGAAAAAUAUACACUGUUUUUCCUUGGAUCAUGGCAGCCUAUGCAGCCAUAGUUUCUCUUAUGAAUACCAUCAAUCAGAUCGAGCACCACCCUUCCCCUCCAAUUUCUAUCCACAAACAACAACUUGAAUCUCUCACUCAAAUUGUUACCUUUUUGCAGGAAUUUCUUGAAAGUUAUAAGUCCCCUGUUGCCGAUGGAGAUGAAGCUGAUCCGCUGGAGAUGCGUAUCGCAGAUGCAGCUCAUGCUGUUGAAGAUGUUAUCGAAUCACAUAUUGUGGACAAGCUUCAGCCGAGGAGAUCCAAACGUAUCGCAGAUGCAGCUAAUGCGGCUGAAGAUGCUAUCGAAUCUCAUAUUGUGGACAAGCUUCAGCUGAGAAGAUCCAAAAAAGCCAAAAUUGAUACAGCUGAAGCUGAUGAACAAAUCAACUUCUAUCAAGAUCGUCUACAACAAGUGAUAGAAGAAAUGAAUGUGAUCAAGAAGGAAGCCAUGGAAAAUGAACUGGGUAGAUCAAUGAGUCCCAACGAAGAAUUUCUCCAAGGCUAUGUUGUAGAUGCAGCUCAUGCGGCUGAAGAAGUGAAUUCUAGAGAGGAAGUCAGUUGCAUCAACUUCUAUCAAGAUCUACAGCAAGUGAUAGAAGAAAUGAAUGUGAUCAACAAGGAAGCCAUGGAGACUUCAGCUGAAGCUCAGCUGCAGAGAAAGGUCUCCUCGACUCAUGCUGGCUCCUUGACGUCCUCUUCCACUGUGAAGGAAAGCAUGAUGGUGGGCUUUGAUGACGUGCAACUUCAACUCUUGGAUUGGCUCACUGGAGGGAACCGUAACCGCCAAAUCAUCCCAAUCACAGGGAUGGGCGGGAUUGGUAAAACCACUCUUGCCCGACAUAUAUUUGAGCAUGCCCUUGUUAAGCAACAUUUUGAUAUUUGUGCGUGGACUACAAUUUCUCAAACUUAUAAUGUUAGAGAAACACUUAGAGAAGUUCUUAAACAAGUGAGCGGAGAUUCGAGGGAUGACUUGAGUGACGAGAACGAAUUGGGAGAAAAAUUGCACAAGUAUUUAUGGGGUAGGAGGUAUAUUAUAAUACUGGAUGAUAUGUGGAGUGUAGAGGUGUGGGACAAGAUGAGGUUUUUCUUUCCCGAUUACAAUGAUGGGAGUCGAGUAAUUGUAACGACUAGGCUCGCAAACUUGGCUGCCAAGUUGACAGACUCUAACAGCAUUGGUAUGAGAUUUUUAGAUGAUGUUUGUAGCUGGAGUUUGUUCUCCAAAACUGUAUUUGGGGAUGGGGGUUUUCCUCUUCAUCUCGAGGAAAUCGGAAAGAAAAUUGUGGGGAAGUGUAAGGGACUUCCUUUGUCGAUUGCUGUGAUUGGCGGUCUUCUGGCAAAGUCCGAACUUACACUUGAAUAUUGGGAGCACAUAGAGGAAAACUUAAGCUCAGUAGUGAAUUCGGAAAAUGAUGAAUAUUGGUUGAGAGUAUUGAAACUGAGCUAUGACCAUUUGCCUGCGUAUCUAAAGCCUUGUUUUUUGUACAUGGGGAUGUUUGGGGAAGAUAAGAGAAUUGGAGUCUCAGAACUCAUGAGGCUAUGGGUUUCUGAAGGCUUUCUUAAACCAAAUAUCAAUAAAAGCUCGAAAACAAUUGCCAAAGAGUAUCUGAAGGAGCUAGUCGAUAGAAACCCCAUUCUUGUUCAUGAGUUAGGGAAACUUGGGAAUAUUAGGUGCUGCAAAAUGCAUGAUUUAGUGAGAGAUCUAUGUUUGAAAGAAGCUGAAAAGCAGAGGUUUUAUUAUGUGUUAGGGCAAGAUUGUCCUCGAGGGAUAAAUAGCCAACGCCGCAUUGUUAUUCCCAGAAGCACUUCAGCUAUGACAGUCCAGGAUGCCAUGGAAACUAUGUCGUCACGUGCUCGUUCUUUCAUAUGUCAUGCUGAUACGGUUCCAGAAUUGCUAGAUUUCAGAUUUUUGAGGACACUGAGUACAUAUAAUGGUUGGUAUUCCAAAGGGUAUUUAGAUGAAAAUGUGUUUCAAAUGGUGAACUUGAGGUACCUUUCGGCUAGAUUUCGUUCAGGGUUCCAAAUCCCUUCUUCAAUUAGUCUGCUCUGGAAUCUACACACACUAUUUGUUUCUUGUAAGGGUAAACCUACAACUGCACCAGUAGAAAUUUGGAAAAUGCAUCAGCUUAAGCAUGUCGAGUUCGAAGAGAGCAUAAUGUUCAAAUAUGCAGGAUAUGGAAUGUAUCUCCCAGAUCCUCGGAGCGGGCAUAGUGAUGUUAUGAUGGAGAAUCUAGAGACGCUCAAAGGAGUGCUUGAUUUCAACUUGAAUGAAGAAGUGGUUAAGAGAAUUCCCAAUAUCAAGAAGUUGCGCAUAAAAUACACGAAUAAAGUAAUGGACAGAGUGAAGUGCCUCAGCUAUCUUCAUUGUCUGAGUAAGCUGGAAAGCUUGACUUGCAUUAUUGACAAUGGAUGUGAAGAGUGUCUGCAGAGUAUUAGCUUCCCGCACUCACUCAAGAAGCUGCAUCUUCAAUGCGGAAAAUUCGAUUUGGAGGAAAUUCUGGAAAAGAUAGGUUCAUUACCACUUCUUGAGAAGCUCUAUUUGGAGUAUGGGUUUUUUGCAACAGGCAGAUGGGAAAUAGUUGAUGGCCAAUUCCCCAGCCUCAAAUACUUGAAAAUGCAUGGCUGUAUGAAUAUGGAAUGCUGGACGUUGGAGGGCUCCUGCUUGCCAUGCCUUGAGCAACUUGAGCUCAGGUACAUGAAGUCGUUGGAGGAGUUUCCUUCUGAAAUUGGAGAAAUACCAACACUCAAAUCAAUUGAAUUGUGGGAUUGCAGUGAAUCAAUGGUUGUGUCUUUGAAAAAGAUAGUAAAGGAACAAGAGGAAUUACAAGGGGACCCAUCCUUUCAUGUUCUAGUUCAGUCAUUAUUCGUCAGCCAAGAACUGCAGAGCUUGGCAACUCCCAACUUUCGUGUAGCAAGGAAAUUUUGAUGUGAUGAGGAAUUGAAUUGUGGGAAUACUAAUUUUGUUCUUAAUCUCUGUGCCAAAAAUACAUAGGCUAUAAACAAUGUGACGCAGGAACUACAAUAUCUGAUUAUCGUAUUGUAACAUCCAACUCACCUAAAGGCUAAAAACCAGAGCAAGCAAAGCAAAGCAGUGCAAUCGAUUAUUUAUCUUGUGCAAAUGUAAUUUGUGUAUAGUAUUUUAUUUGUGAAAAUGGUAUCCUUCUUAUCAAAGCAAUAAAGCAGUAGUAUUUUCAAGAACACGACCGAAGAAAGUGAAGUUACCAACAGACAAAAGAUUAGUGUGUUCUUUAUUUAAAUACAUAACUAAAUAGACAAGAUUAAUGUGUGGUUUUCAUUGUUAAUGCUUUUCACUAUCAUAUUUGUCACUUACAAAUGCAUUCCAAAUAUGCAUUGUCUUUUCACAAAUACUUGUGUACCACCGGUGGUACUGUGCCACCGGGUCAUACCCACGCCAAACCAUGAUUCAUU